UUGGAUAGCGAUCGUUGUCGGGUUUGGAAUUCAGCCACUCAGAUCAAGAAAAAAAAAAAAAGCAAAAGAAGAGAAAAGAAGGAAAAGAAGAAUCGAAGAGAGGGGAAGAUCUCGCCGAUAACCGUCGGGUUUGAAACUCAGCCACUUAGAUCAAGAUCAAAAAAAGCAAAAGAAGAGAAAAGACGGAAAAGAAGAAUAGAAAAGAGGAGAAGAUCUCGCCGAGAAUAGACCGGCCGGAAGGUCGCUGGGGUGGGAAAGAGAAAGAGGAGAGAUCCAAGAUUGUGGUGGACUUCCGGGGGAAGGUUUGAGUUUGUUUCUGGAGAGGUGGAUGCUAAAAUUUUGAUCGAGUUUGGGGGAGAGCUUUCAGCAGGAGAAGAGUGUAGAGAUGAAGAAGGGAUAUUCUUGGUAUAUUCAGUCAGUAGCUUUGAAAGCACCUGUGUAUUCAAUUGGACCAAUUUAGGAGUGGAGUGCCUUUUGUGUAAUAAAAAGUUUCUGGUCAAGUAUGAAGGAAUUCCUGGGAAUGGAGUAGCUUGAACACCGCUUAUUAUGGUGGAGUAUCAUUAAAAUGAGAUGUAUUGUUUGACAUAUAUUAUCUAGAACCCCCACUUAUUGUCAAAACAAAAAGAAAGUGAAAUGGUUAAUUGCUUUUGGGGGGUAACAAUGAAUACAGAAGUCAUUGCCUACAAUAGCUCUUUAUGUGAGUGGACAUAAUGGGGAGUGCAAUUUCUUUCUGCUGUUUCGGAUUAUAUAGUGCAAAUUGUUUCUGUUUCAUAUUUGUUAGUUGAUUACAUGGAAUAAAAACCUGUAGGCUGUAUACUGCUGGUAUUAAAAGGAAAGUCUCUGAUCCUAUGUACUGUAAAUAUUGACAUUUAGAAGAUUAACAUUUCUCUGGAAUUUUUUAUAUGUUUUUGCUUAUUUAUUUGAAUACGGUAUCAGUUUGCCACAAAGAACUAUUUGGUAGGUGGGAAUUUGAAACACCAGUUCAUCCAUAUUCUGCUUAGUGCUGCUUUCCUUAUUCUACACUCUACAUUCUAGAGUUGUAUACAGAAUUACAGUUGAAUUAAAAAUGGGUUCAUAAACACACUCAGUUGAACAAGUCAAAGAUAAUAAUCUAUGGCAUUCUGUACAUACUAGAACUCUCUAUUUUUACUUAAAUACUGAGACCAAGAGAAGGAAAUACAUUCAUGACCCUUAUAUAUACCAUAGACUUCCAUGUCAUCAAAAGAAAAGAAAAAGAAAAAAAAACACUUCCAUGUGCUAAACUAAUUAAUAACAUCAGCUUGGAUAAUGAGGUUAAUAUAAAAGUUUCCCUUGGAUUUUUAAACUAUUGUUAGUCAUUUCAUGAUAUUAAUUAUAUCUAUUUUGCUUUCCGAGCUUAAUAAUGCUCCUGUUGUGCUGAGAGGAUUUGAAUUUAGCAAACUUCAGGAAAACUAUCAGCAAGUUUGUUGAUUGAUUGAACCAAAGUAUAGAAAUAGGCAAUUCAUUAGUCCUUGAAAUGAAGGUGCGGACUGUUGAUAGAAGUUGAGUCUCACUUUUGGCAUUUCUCUAUCAGAUGACAUCUAUCAAUGGAAACCGGGAACUAGGAGUAUAACACUCGCUGUAUUUUCUCAAUUGCUGCGAUUCUCUAAGAUUCUCAACUUUCCGGUCUCAAUUUAUCAAACAAUGAGGAUUGGUUUGUGCUUCAGUCUAAGGCAAUGAGAAUGAGCAAAGGGUGACAAGUUGUUGGCGUCGCAAAAUGCAGAGAGCCAUCAGAGGACGACAAAGUUACUAGAUGAAGAAAUUGAAGAGGACGAGAUGUUCUGGAAUCAGGAGGCUCUUAAAGAGGAGGAAGAAGAUGAUAACUAUGAAGUGGAGCUGAAAGUUGUUGAUUUGUUUGAUAAUGACUUGGUUAAAGAUUUCCUAAGCUGGAUUGAGCGAUGCUGUGAUUUGGUGUUGAAGCAUCUUUCAGUCAUCCAGAAACAAAGAUGCUGAUGAAAAAAGUUGAUGCAUUGAUGAAAGCCAUGGAGCAGAGUCUGAAAAUAAAGAGAGAAACCGUAGCUAAAGAUAAAGAAGCUGCAGCAGCCAAGGUGGAUGCUGACAAAAAGAACAGAAUUAUAAACUCAUCUAAGAGGUUCUAAUUACUUUUCAACAGCCUCAAUACCAUUCUUUCCUUUUGUAUGAUGCUUCUGUAGCAGCAUCCCUUUCAAAUAUUAAAAUUUUUCAGAUCUGAUCACCUGAAUAUAUGAUUGAUUUUAUGGUUUACUUCUAAUUGCUGGGGGUAACAAAAGCAUCUUCAAUGUUUGGUUACACGAGAUUUAUUGAAGAUAAUGUGGAGAUUUAGUCUUUAUGAGCAAUGUGUCCUAUUAUGAUCAUACGACAAUAAUUCCCGCAGCAAAGUUUCAGCUUAAUGACAAAUUUAAACCCAGUUCGUUUUUCUGUCCAAGUUUAUGUACAAAAUUUGGGUUCCUGUUUCUUUAAAGUUUUAUUUUGGGUUCUGAUUCUGCGUCAUUUUGAUGCGUCAAAUCUGAUAUAACUCCCCUAGGUCCACUCCUUGAUAAGACUGAACGUUAUUUCACCAAGGUAAACUCAACCUCCUGUGCAAAAAAUUUAAGUUCAUGUAUUUUGAUUAUCGAUCUCUGCAUUCUUCCGUGACUACAAAGGAACUCCAUAAGAAAGCUGACUGGUAAGAUGUCUUCUAAUAUUUAUUUAUUAUCUGCUUUGCCUACAUUUUAGAUAAUAAGCUUCUGAUAGAACACUUGGAAAUGAAGCGUACUGUUGAAAGGCCAACUGUCGACAACCUUAUCUGGUUUGCUCACAUUUUAGAAAGAUAUGAGAAGUUGAAGUUGGAGAUUGUGAAUAGAAAGAGCGAGAAUGAAAAUUUAAGGCAGAAUUCAUCGACCAAAUUAAGAGACCAGCUAUUGACCAGCAUUGCUCUUCAGCAAGCAACACCAACACCGACUGAACAUUGUAUUCAAUUUAUAGCUUCAUUAAAGUACAUACAUCAAGUUUGAUCUGAAAUUCUCAGUUUUGUAUCAAUCACAUUAUCAUCUAUUAAACCAGUUCCCGCGCAAGCCGCGGGCAACUAUUGCUCGUAAAUAUACUAUAAAACGACAUGACUUUGUCAUUGUAAAUUUCCUGUAGACUUUGGUUUCUAGUUUGACAUCCCACCUCAUGGAAGUUGCUCUGUUCCUUGUCCAUAAAAGAGUCUCAAGUUCUCUGUUAUGUGAAACCCACAAACCUACAUACACAUAUACUAAGAACACAAAAUUUUUCAUGGGAACGGGAAUGAGAUCAUCCUGGUGGGGCUUCGUUUCUGUGCGUUAUAUUAUACUCUUGUUGCUCAUUAAUGCUGCAUGCUGUUUUUCUUUAGUACAAACGCAGACACUUUGCCACGAUGAUGAGCGCUCUGCCUUGUUGCAAUUCAAAGCUAGUUUCACUAUAGACAAGUCUGCUUCCCAAGAUCCCUCUGCUUAUCCGAAAGUUGCACAUUGGAGUAGGCUAGAAGGAGAUCCUCAAAGGAGUAACUGUUGUUCAUGGGAUGGUGUUGAAUGCAACCCCGAUUCUGGCCAUGUUGUCAGCCUUGACCUCGCCAGCAGCUGUCUUCAUGGUUCCAUCAACUCCAAUAGCAGUCUUUUUCAACUUGUUCAGUUGCAGAGGCUUGACCUCUCUGAUAACAACUUCAGCUACUCUCAAAUACCAUCCAGGUUAGGCCAUACUCUUACUAGUCUAACAUAUCUCAACCUAUCAAUGUCUUCAUUUUCUGGCCAAAUUCCAUCAGAAAUUUCAUAUCUAUCCAAGCUGUCUGCCCUUGAUCUGUCUUCUAGUUACGAGUCUCAUCUCAAAAUGGCCAACUUCGGAAGCCUAGUUCAAAACUUGACCAACAUAAAACAGCUUCAUCUUAGUUUGGUUGAGAUAGGCUCCACAGUGCCUAAUACAUUGGUGAAUGUGUCUUCUCUCACAUCUCUCCGUCUUCAAGAAUGUGACUUGGAGGGGGAAUUCCCAGUAGGCAUUUUCCACCUACCAAACUUGCAAGUACUUGAUUUGGCCAUUAACAUUGAUCUAAAUGGUCACUUUCCUGAUGAGCUUAACAAGAGCAGUCCCUUGAAGAUAUUGAAUUUUGAAUUAACCAAUUUCUCUGGUCAUCUACCUGCUUCAAUCGAAGACCUUCGUGCCUUAAAUUUGUUGAACAUAGCACACUGUAACUUUUAUCCCCAUGUUCCAUCUUCACUUUCCAACCUUACCCAGCUCAAUUUCCUUGAUCUUUCCUUUUUUUCCAACAAGGGUACUUCCAGUGGCCAAGUUACUGAUUCCUGGUCUUGGGUUGGAAAGCUGACCAAACUCAACUAUUUGUACCUUGCUGAUACCAACUUAAGGGGAGAUUUCCCAUGUUUUUUGGCUAAUCUGACGCAACUUGUGGAAUUAGACUUGAGCCACAAUCAAAUAACUGGUGAAAUCCCAUCUUCUUUGGCUAAUCUGACACAACUUUCAGAAUUACGGUUGUACCAAAAUCAAAUAACUGGUCAAAUUCCAUCUUGCCUUGGGCAGUUGACCCAAUUAACUUUAUUAGACGCAGCAUCGAACAAUCUGCAAGGAACAAUUCCCAGGUCGCUAUUCGAGCUUAGAAAUCUUGAAUAUAUAGAUCUCGAAUCAAAUAACUUGAGUGGGUAUGUUGAAUUCGAUCAGUUUUCCAAGCUCGAAAAGUUGAGGGUACUUUGUUUGUCGCUCAACAAGUUAUCUGUGCAGAUCAAAACUGGAUAUACUGCUAUUCCUCCAAAGCUUCAAGUACUAGGAAUGAGUUCAUGCAACUUAACAGAGUUUCCGGAAUUUUUGAAAUACACUAGGGAACUGGUGGAUCUAGAUCUAGCUGAUAACAAUCUUCACGGCCAAAUACCAAAAUGGAUGUGGAAUUCAGCUAGUGAAACUUUGUCGAAUCUGAACCUCUCUCACAACCACUUAACAGGAUUUGAAGAAAAUCCAGUCAUCAUUCCAUGGCCUCGGUUAGAGUCUUUAGAGCUCGACUCUAACAUGUUACGAGGAUCACUGCCAAUUCCAAGGCCGUCAAUGUAUGUCUAUUCUGCUUCAAACAAUGAAUACGAAGGAGAAAUUCCAGCAACAUUCUGCAAUGCGGGGAUGCUAACUGUUCUUGAUCUAUCUAGCAACAACCUUAAUGGCACGAUUCCCCAAUGUUUUGAGAAUCUCACAUAUCUUUACAUAUUGAAACUGCAGAACAAUUCUUUUCACGGGGAUAUUCCUCGAAUAGGUUCAAACAUAUGUUUCUACUUAGAAGCGAUUGACUUGAGUUAUAAUCAGCUACAAGGGAAGCUACCAAGAUCAAUUGCCAAUUGUCCUGAGUUGAUGUUUCUUAAUUUGGGAAAUAAUCAGAUCAGUGAUACCUUCCCCUCUUGGUUAGGAACACUUCAACAAUUAAAAGUUCUCAUUUUGGGGUUCAAUGCAUUUCAUGGCAUAAUUGGAAAGCCUGCAAGUAGCCAUGAGUUCCCUGAGCUGUCCAUUGUUGAUCUAUCUAGCAAUGAUUUUUCAGGUAUGUUGCCCUCCGACUACCUAGAGAACUGGAAUGCCAUGAAAUCCGUUGAUGAAAACGAGCAAAUAUACGUCAAUUCCCCUUACGACGGAAUGUCUGAAGGAGUGUCCUACUCCUAUGAUUACCAGAUUACAGUUUUUAGCAAAGGUGUUGAAUUGAAGUAUUUCAAGACCCCUUAUCUUCUGAGGCUCAUAGACCUCUCGAGUAACAGAUUUGAAGGAGAGAUUCCAGGUGUCAUUGGGAAUCUAAGAGGGCUUCAUGUGCUCAAUCUUUCCAACAACACUCUCACUGGUCCCAUCCCCUCUUCUUUGGGGAACUUGACUGCUCUUGAAUCGCUGGAUCUCUCCCAAAAUCAGUUCUCAGGAAAGCUCCCCGGUGAUCUGGCGCAACUGACAUUCCUUUCAUACUUUAAUGUAUCCCAUAAUCGUCUUUCGGGGUCCAUUCCACAAGGUCGACAAUUUGAUACAUUCCAAGAGGAUAUGUACCAAGGAAACUCAGGUUUGUGUGGAAAACCUUUGCCAAAGAAAUGUGAAGAUUCUGAGAGCACAACACCACAAACAGCCUUUGAACAAGAUGAAGACUCUGGAUUUCAAAUUGAGCUAGAUUGGUUUGUGGUUCUGCCAGGAGUUGUUGCUGGUCUAAUAGUUGGAGUGGUUGGGGGAGACUUCUGGACAACCAAGAAGCAUGACUGGUUUGUAGAGACAUUCAGCAGGAGGAGGCAGCUGAGAAGCACAAGGUGGAGGAGGGGACUCAGAACUUAAGUCUUAUUUAAUCCAUAUCUAAGGGCCCAGUUAUGAACAUUAGCUUCAUGUACGUGCCUAGUGUUUAGAGCAGUGUUGGGGCUAUUAUCAUGUUGUAUUUAUGUAUUAUGUUAUGUGUUCGUAUAUUUCGAGCAGACAGACAUCGUCUGCAGACUCUGGUGUAAUAACUAUUAAGCUUCACACUGUCUUGAGUACUUUUUGUUCUAUAUAUAUCCAAUAAAAAAACCUUGA